AAUCCCGGGAGAAGGAGACUCGUCCACUGGAGGUGGGGCUGGGUUAAAUGGGCAGUGAAGGGCAAGGCGUUAAUCCCCGGUUUUUUUUCGGCAAAGCCCCGCACCGACAGCCCUCACCGCGGUCACAGCCAGGGGUCGGUCCCACAGAGCAUCCCCCAGGGGGGCUCUCCAGGGCUGGCCGUGCCGCCACCACUCGCUCUCACCUCGGGUCGGGGUCCCCCGCGGCGGCCGUUCCCCGGGGCUCGGCGGGGCCGGGACACUGGGAGCCUGUGUCACCCCCCCCGCCACCGCCCCAUAAGCCGCUUGGUGACCCAGUUGGAGCGGCGGGGGCCGGAGCCGGGUGGAGCUGCCUCCGGGCGGGCGGGCGGCGGAGGCUCCUCCCCGCUCCGCCGAAAGUUUGGGGCCGGCCGGCGGCCGGAGCGUCGCCGCGGGGCCGAGCACGGCUGGCGGCGGCGGGAGCCGAGCCGGGAGCCCGCGGCCAGGGAACUCCCAUGCCCCGGGCUGCCGGGGCAGCGCCGCGGCGCCAUGGGGGACGGCGGCGCCUUGGGGAACGGCAGCGCCGGGGCCGCGCCCGCCAACGGCACCGCGCUGCCACCGCCGGGCGGCCACAACAUCGCCGCCCUGGUGCUGGGCAUCGUCCUCAUCCUGCUCAUCGUGGGCGGCAACGGGCUGGUUUGCCUCAGUGUCUGCACGGAGCGGGCGCUGAAAACCACCACCAACUACUUCAUCGUCAGCCUCGCCGUCGCCGACCUGCUGCUCGCUCUCCUGGUCCUGCCCCUCUAUGUCUACUCCGAGUUCCAGGGAGGCGUGUGGUCCCUCAGCACGGUGCUGUGCGAUGCCCUGAUGACCAUGGACGUGAUGCUGUGCACGGCCUCCAUCUUCAACCUCUGUGCGAUCAGCGUGGAUCGGUUUAUCGCUGUUUCAAUCCCACUGAACUACAACCGGCGGCAAAUCGACCUACGGCAGCUGAUCCUUAUAUCUACCACCUGGAUAUUUGCCUUUGCUGUAGCAUCCCCUGUCAUAUUUGGCCUCAACAAUGUCCCAAACCGGGACCCCAGCUUGUGUCAGCUGGAGGAUGACAACUACAUCGUGUACUCCUCCAUCUGCUCCUUCUUCAUCCCUUGCCCCGUCAUGCUGGUGCUCUACUGCGCCAUGUUCCAAGGACUCAAGCGCUGGGAAGAAGCCAGGAAGGCCAAGCUAAGGGGGAGCAUCUACGGGGCCAACAGGAAGCUCUAUCACCCCUCAACCUUUAUUGAGAGAGAGCAAACGGGACUGGAGCCGGAGGAGUGCGGCCCUUACGCCCACUCCAGCCACCCUGGGGACUAUGUGAUGAACAAUGGCAUCCCGACUGUCUCCUAUCCCCACCUCAAGUACCCACCCCCCGGACACGGUCGGAAACGGGCCAAGAUCAACGGCCGGGAGCGGAAGGCCAUGCGGGUGCUGCCUGUCGUCGUCGGUGCUUUCCUCUUCUGCUGGACACCUUUCUUUGUGGUCCACAUUACCAGGGCUCUCUGCAAGUCCUGCACCAUUCCCUCUCAAGUCACCAGCACUGUCACUUGGCUGGGUUACGUCAACAGUGCUCUCAACCCCAUCAUUUAUACCGUUUUCAACACCGAGUUCAGGAACUUCUUCCGCAAAGUCUUGCGCCUCUUCUGCUGAGCCCACCAGCACGGCUGGGGAGAAGGAACGACGGGCUCGUUUUUGUAUAGUUCAUUAAAGAUCUAUUUCUGCCUAA